AUGGCGGCGUCGGCGGCUCUGUCUGCGGCAGCGGCGGCGGCUGCCCUGUCUGGCCUGGCGGUUCGGCUGUCGCGCUCGGCGGCCGCCCGAGGCUCGUACAGCGCCUUCUGCAAGGGGCUCACGCGCACGCUGCUCACCUUCUUCGACCUGGCCUGGCGGCUGCGCAUGAACUUCCCCUACUUCUACAUCGUGGCCUCGGUGAUGCUCAACGUCCGCCUGCAGGUGCGGAUCGAGUGAGCGCGGGUGGCGGCGGCGGCGGCGGCCCGGCUGGAGGGGCGCCCGUGUCCCCGCCCGCCCCCGGCCGGCUCACGGUCAUGAAGGACAGCUGGAUCGCGGCGGGGGGCGGAGGCGGGGCGGCCCAGGCCCCUGGACUCUAGACCUCCGCCGCCCAAGCACGAAGGCCCAGCCCUGGCCCGGCCGCGGUCUCAGCCCGGAGACCCCGGAUCGCGCAGAAACGCACUGAACAGGCCCCUACCAUUGGGCUCCAGAAACUACCUGAGCUCUGACGACCUGUUGCCUCACAUUGGCAAAAGUGGGGGAAACCAGAAGGAGGGAAUUCUGCUGCGGCGACUUGACUUUCCAGGCCCCGAGCAGAAAGGCAUUGGCGUUUGUAGGCGGUGACCUGCCCCUUCUUUGGCCUUGCCAAGAGUCUCAUCCCUGCCUGGGGGCACCUCUGGCCCUGGACCUGCUUGGGCAGAGGCAGCGUGAAGGACCUGAACAGGAGAAGAAGGGCCUUCCUAGUAGAGGCACGGCACGGACAAAGGCUCACGGGGUGGGGGUGCCCAGGGAUCGAGUCCUGGCUUGGGAAGGAAGGUCUGAGUUCCCUGGGAACUGAAAUCUGCUGGCAGCACUGUGAGAGGUGUAUUUCCCCCUCCUAAUGACAGAGGAAACUGAGGCUUCGGGGAGGGGGGGAUUGCCCUUGACACGCAGAUAAGAGGAGGAACUGCAUGUGCCCCUGGGCCUGCAGGCCCCCACACCCCUCCCCAGUCUUCUCCAAGACCUGGCAUGGUGGGAGGAGGGAAGGGGAAAUGGAGAGGGAAGCAUAGGGCUCCUGGGGCACCAAGGGAGAAAGGGGCCCAAGGGUAGGGAAUCUGGGGAUCUCGCUUUCCUUAGAGCAGUACGGAAGGUCACAGGGAAGAUCAGGAGGACAGACAGCUGAGAUGGGAGACAGGAGAGAUGGGCCCCAGGCCCCCUGGGGAGCCAAGCUCUCCCCCACAGCCUAACCUUCCCAACCCCACCUGGAGCUUCACCCAGGGCUCCUCAGCAGUGCAGUGGCACAAGCCUCCCAGUUUGGUGGGCAACUGGGGGUGAUCUUGGUGUUGUGGCUCCUGGAGACACGACAUAACCAGGAGGGUGAAAGGAUAAACCUGGGGUGAGCUGGGGCUGAGACCCAUGGCAUGACCCCAAUUCUCUCUCCUCAAGUUCGACCCCCCAUCCCCAGGACCACACAGUAGAAUCUCAUCCUCAUGGCUUGGAUUGGUCCUGGGGGCCCCCGGGUGUGCUGCUGGCCGGUGUACAAUGGUCAGGAGCAGCCCAGAGGGGAGCCAGGUAGAGACCCUCGCCCUCACCCUCUAUCCCCAUUUCCUCAUCUCUUGCACUGGUACCCCAAGGGCCACGUUCUCAGUUCCUGGGACUGAAAACUGCAUCAGUCUGGCCAGCUCCAGGGACAGAGUGGCCCAGCCACCUACCACGUACCCUCCUCAGCAGCCCACUGGACCCAGGUCCUGAAUGAAGUCGGCCACCUGCCUCACCCCAGAAGAGGCUGGACAGUGGCUGCCUCGUGCCCCCUGCAGUCUCCCACAGCCAGGGCCUGAUGACGUGCCUCCUAGUCCCAAGUCUCCUGAGAACCCCUGACCCUGCUGGCCCUUCAUCCCCUGCAAUCCUGUCCACCCUGGACCACCUCUGGGGACCUGUCAGCCUGCUGAUCCCCCCAACAGUUGUCUGGGGGCAGCCUCUGUGGGACAAGAGUGACACAGGGCUGGAGGAGAAGAGGAGUGAGGGGCCUCCUUGUGUCUGAUGCACAGAUGUGGCCCUUUCAAACCCUAGUAUCACCCUCUGGGUGACUGGAUCCCCAGCUCCACCCUCUUCCUGGGCCAGCCAGGAAGGAUGGAGGAAAGCUCUUUGCUGAGCGCAUGCGUGGGAGUGUGGGGGGUGACUGAGCCCUCCCCAUGCAAGGGGCUCGGCCUGGGACCCAGGAACCUGCUUCCCUACUGGGAGAAAUGUGCAUCAGAGCUGCAGGGGUCCCUACCCUCAGAGACCCCUGACUGCAGGGAGCCCCACCCCAUAAGAGGGGCACGGAAAUCCAUGUCCGCCCACCCCCGGUGGCUCCUAGUGUGGCUGUAUUGGCCUAGAGGGGCUGGCUGGGGAGGAGCAGGGCUGAGCCCCUCAGCAUCUGCUCCUGUCCCUGCUUUUUCACCCCUGCUGCUUGAAGUGGUAGCCCCGCCUGCUGCUUCUCCACCUCCCCUCCCCACCUCCUCUCUCCCCGAUGGGGCCCUUGCUGCGUGACAGGGUCUCCAUGCACUUUAUUUAUUUGCAGUCUGUUUGCCAGGCAGUGGAGCUUCUAGACACCGACCGGAAUGACAUACUUUUCUGUGCGUGAUUCACUGUGUACUGGUCAGCACAGGCUGGCCAGAGACAUGUUCUUGUUUCUGGUGUUGUCAUGUCUUCUUGUUUUCUCUAAGUUUAAAAAAAAAAAAGUCCUUGGUUUAAUACACUAAA